AUGGGAGUCUGUCAUGUGUUGGGCACGGGUACAUAUUUGGGUCUACCAUCGAUGAUUGGUAGAAGUAAGAAAGAGGUUUUCGCUUUUAUAAAGGAUCGUAUUUGGAAAAGAAUAAAUUCUUGGAGAGGGAGGGCAUUGUCUAAAGAAGGUAAAGAGGUGAUGAUAAAAUCAGUGUUGCAAUCUAUUCCGUCGUAUACCAUGAGUGUGUAUCUUACCCCGGAUGGGGUAGUGAAAGACAUUGAGAAGAUGCUGAAUUCCUUUUGGUGGGGGGGAGGAUGGCAGUUAUUGACAAAGCCUCACACUCUAGUCUCCAUAAUCUUCAAAGUAAGGUAUUUCCCUAAAUCUUCCUUCCUUGAAGUUAAUCUGGGUAAUAAUCCGAGUUAUGCUUGGAGGAGUCUUUGGAAGGCUAGAGAUGUUCUAAGGGUUGAUCGUAGGUGGAGUAUAGGCGAUGGGAGUAAUAUUAAGGUCAUGCAUGAGAUGUGGUUGAGGGGCAUAAAAGAAGUUUGCUUAGGAAGGCCUCAAAUGCAAGGUGUGUAUGAUCUUUAUGUUCAAAAUCUUAUGCUUCCUAAUACUAAGCAGUGGAAUGUUAAUGUUAUAACCUCUGUGUUUGAUCCUAUAGUGGCUGAAGGCAUCUUUAGUACUCCUUUGGUGGGGGGAGGUGGUUAA